CCACAGAAUUGAACUUUCGAUGUUACUUUGCUUUGCCAGUUCCCAGCUCGAAAUCGAAAAAAAUUAUUAAUUUCGUUUUUUUUUUAACUGUCAGGGCACUGUAUUUUGCUUUGGGGUCUUUUUGGACGAGAAAGUAUUGCGACACAGGGCGCUGCAACUUGCUACAAGGGCUGUCGGAGACCGCUAGAUUGAACUGCAUGACGCUUUGUACCAGUAGUAUUUUGCGGACUGUUUCUCGUGCACCGGGUUUGUUUGCGCGAUAUUCCCGUCCCUUGGGUGCAGUGCGGUCUUUUCGUCCGAGCAUUUUCUCGAGAACCAAUAUUUGUGGUGAAUCGGUAUCCUCCACCCUGGCUGCCGGAGAUAUGCCUUUUCAAGCUCAAGAAUUCGGUGGCCUUCAUCAUGAAGAUUACCGGAUCUUCUUGUCCCACGGAAAUACCGCAAUUUCUCCAUUCCACGAUGUUCCUUUGAUUCCGGAUCGAAGCAUUCAAAAAGAAGGAACGGAAGUUGACGGAAACGCAAUUAAACAAGGCGUGUACAACAUGGUGGUGGAGAUUCCACGAUGGACAAAUGCGAAAAUGGAGAUCAAUACCAAAGAGCCCUUGAAUCCCAUCAAACAAGAUGUGAAGAAAGGAAAAGUGCGUUUUGUCUGCAAUGUCUUCCCACAUAAAGGAUACAUAUGGAAUUAUGGUGCAUUUCCACAGACAUGGGAAGACCCUGAACAUAUUUCACCUGAAACGGGAUGCAAAGGUGAUGGAGAUCCCGUGGAUGUCUGUGAGAUUGGUCACCGGGUUGCCAAUCGCGGUGAAGUGCUGCAGGUGAAGGUAUUGGGUGUAAUUGCUUUGAUCGACGAAGGGGAAACCGACUGGAAGAUUAUUGCCAUCAAUAUACACGAUCCGCUGGCGGAGAAAAUGAACGAUAUUGAUGAUGUGGAGAAGUAUAUGCCGGGCUUUAUGCAAAAUACCAUUGACUGGUUCCGUUGUUAUAAAAUGCCUGAUGGCAAACCGGAAAACCGCUUUGCCUUUGAUGGAAAGGCAAUGGGAAGGGAUUUGGCUAUCAAAGUGGUGGAAGAAACUCAUCAAUACUGGAAGGACUUGGUGAACAACAAAGUCGAUCGUGGACUGAGCUGUUGUAAUACGACGCUUAAGGAGAGUCCGUAUCUGAUUUCUUCGUCAGAUGCUGCUGCAGUUUUAAGCAAGCAGCCGAAGUACCGGAAAACAGAACCGAUUGAUCCUGUUCAUGACACCUGGCAUUACGUGAACCGCACCGCUUAAAAUGAAGCUCGAGAAUUCAUGGCUAUACCGUUAACAGAAAUUUGUGUGUCAUUCUUUGCUGCUAAUUUACAAGUUAGUUCAUGAGUUCCUGAUCGCACGUGAAAAACAAGAAAAAUUGAUACAUCAAUUUAAAUCAGUUUGGGAUUGGGUUCUGUUGUUAUUGUUUUCUUAUUUAAUUCCGGGACGUGUGAAAUCGGUUAAUAUAGUCUUUGCAAGUUGCUGAUAGUUUUUAGUUGUUGUUAUAAUUAUUGUGAUUUGUGGAAGUAUGAAAAAUCGUGACUUUCGA